CGCACUUCCGGAACCUACAGAGUUUGAAAAUUUGACGGUGGCGUUUGCGCACUUAGUUGGUGAAACAGGAUUGUGUCCCCUAACGCCCUGAUGGAGUCCUCUCCGGAGAGAGAUGGUGGCCUUAAGCGCAGCAGUCGCACCGGACGCACCCCUGCGCGGGACAGUGACUCCCCCCUGCCCCCAAUCAGCGAGAGGCUGGCGUAUUUGCGCCCUUCCCGGGAGCUCUUGGAGUUUUACCGCCAGAAGGUGGCGCAGUUCGACAGCGAGCACGAGGACCUGAUGCAGAUGCUGGAGAAGUAUAAGGCCACCAUGGAGGAGCAGCACAAGCUUCAGUGGGAGAUGCGGCAGAGGGAAGGUGAGAUCGUAGAGCUGCAGAAGGCCCUAAGUGACAUGCAGGUGUACCUGUUCCAGGAGAGAGAGCAGGCCCUCCGCCUGUAUGCAGAGAACGACAGACUCAAGAUCAGAGAGCUAGAAGACAGGAAAAAGAUCCAGCACCUUCUCUCGUUGGUGGGUCCAGAUGUUGGAGAGAUCACUUACUUUCAUCGGGAACCACCACACAAGGUCGCAAUCCCUCAGAAGAAGCUCCAGCCCAGCAGUCAGGAAGCCCGGAAGACCACAAAACCAGCUGCCCGCAGGAGAGUGUCCAGAUCAGAGGCAGGAGCUGCAGGUACAGAGCAGCCAGACCAGUACAAGAGGGAUAACCAGACCCUAUUGCUGCAGGUGGAGGCGCUGCAGGCCCAAAUGGAGGAGCAGACGCGGCUGGCGAAGGAGCAGGUGGAGUCGCUGCUGGAGGACCGGCGCAUCCAUGCGGAGGAGGCCCAGGUGCACUACCAGAGGGACGAGGAGCGCCUCGCUGCUCUCACAGACAAGCUGCGGCGCACCCAGAACCUGCUGUACGAGAGCACCAGGGACUUCCUGCAGCUGAAGUUUGAGACCCGAGCCAAUGAGAAGGCCUGGAUGGCAGAGAAGGACCGCCUUCUGAGGGAGCUGGACUCCUGUCAGGAGAGGCUGAGGGAGGGCCGAGACCCUGGGGGUGGGACCCGUCCCAUCCCGUCCCCACCCAGACCGGAUUUACGCCAGGCCCAUCGGGAGGAGGUCAAGGCCCUGGAGGAGGAGCUGAAACAGGCCCACCGGCUGGCAGACAUGUACCGGGAUCAGUGUGUGGGCCUGGAGGCAGAGUUGGCACGGAUCCGAGAGGAGGGAGACGUGGGCAGGGAACUUUUUAAGGAGCGGUCGGAUAAGAUCGGGAAGCGUCUGCGGCUCAUGACCCAGCGGUACGAGGCCCUGGAGAAGAGGAGGGCCAUGGAGGUGGAGGGCUUCAAGACAGACGUCAAACACCUGCGGCAGAAGCUCAAAGACGUGGAGAAGCAGCUCUUUAAGGUGGCUCUGAAUGUGGGCCCCGAUCAGGACCUGGCGAUUCUGCACGAGGUGCGGCAGACCAACGCACGCACCAAGAAGGUGCAGAGCGAGCUGAAGACCCUGAAGACCAAGAUCUACGGGCUGGAGAACGAGCUGAGAUACUGCUGACACGCUGAGCCUCCAGACGGCCCUUACUGUCCAAAAUCGUGCUCUCUGCUCCAUAUCUAUGGCUACGUAUUAUUCCAGAUGCCAGUUGAUGUUUUGACUUUAUUUUUAAAUCAUUCAAAAUUAUGCCACCAUGUACAAUUCUGUCCAUAGGUCCAAGCGUCAUCUGUAAUACACGCACAGAGUAACAUCAGAAACCCACUGACAUAGAGAAAGCAAAUGUAAUUUAUUUUCCAUUAAGAGAAGUACAUAUGUGAAUUGGAGGCCACAAUGUUGGUAUUAUCAUUCAGAAUGCCUGAAUUCAAAGUGCCUAAAUUAGUAUAGCCAUCUGUUUCAUACAUGCUGAAUGAUAUAGCUGUAUUUCCCUCUGUGAUUUAAAGUCAUACAUAGUUGUGUAAUUACAACAAACGGCACAAAGUUUGUGUUGCUUGGAAA